AACAAGGUUGUCAGUCUGCUUACGACUAAAUGUUCAAUCAGUCGUAUUUAGUGGGAGAUUCAGAUAAGAAAAAAAAUAAGAACAAAUUCUUGUGAAGUGAAGAAGGUGACUUAACCAUGGCCGAUGAGGUGGAAUUCUUUGCCGAAUGCAGCAUUUGCCUGGAUUCCGUCAGGUAUCCGGUGGUGACCUGUUGCGGCCACCUCUUUUGCUGGCCAUGUCUGCGCCGCUGGAUCACUUCGGCUCCCGAACGUCUGCACUGCCCCCUGUGUCGUUCGCCAGUCAAUAAGGAAAAGGUUAUAAUGCUCUGUGGAGGAGAGUAUCCACCCAACAAGUUUCCACCACGCCCGACCCUCUCCAGACCGAUCCUCUUGGUGGCCCUCAUGUUGAUAUUGGCUGUCCUAGCCAUGUCAUUGAAUACUAAGGAAUAAAGAAGAAAUAACAUAUAUAUAUAAUGAUUAUAUAUUUAUAUAUAUACAUUUAUAUAUACACAUUGAAACCACAAAAUUGUACAAUUUAAAUUCCUUUCGGUCCUAAACACACACACACACAUUUGUAAUGUCUCCGAAAUUGUGAAUACAUUGUACACUCAUAUAUAAAUAUCUAUGUAAAUUU